AUGAAAGUUGCUAGUGCUUAUCGAUUUGAUCCUUCGCCUCUACCGGAGAGGAAGCGACGAUUUAUUCAUUGUGAUCGUGAAGGUGGUGGCGACCGCCUUUAUCGGGAUUAUUUUGCUCCCGAACCGGUGUGCGGCCCUCACCUAUUUCGGCGUCGUUUUCGCACGAGGCGGGAGUUACUUCUACGCAUCGUGAAUGUGCUAGAAAUCGAUCAUUUUUUCCAACAACGUCCCGAUGCGGUUGGUCGCUUUGGCUUCUCGCCGAUUCAGAAGUACACAGCAGCGCUUCGGCAACUGGCAUACGGUACUUCUGCGGAUUGUUGUGACGAAUAUCUCCGUAUAGGAGAAUCGACGGUGUUGUCGUGCUUGAAGAAAUUUUGUAAAGCGGGCGAGCCCACUAUUAUACUUGAGGCUAUUGCAUCACAAGAUCUGUGGAUCUGGCACGCCUUCUUUGGAGUCGCUGGCUCAAAUAACGACAUCAACGUUCUCAACCAAUCCACGUUGUUCAACGACGUCCUAUUAGGCAAUGAAUCAGCGGUGCACUUCGUUGCCAACAAUUUCCACCACACUAGAGGCUACUACUUAACUGACGGCAUCUACCCGAACUGGUCGGUAUUUGUCAAAAGCUUCACAUAUUCGGGCGACAAGAAGAAGCGGAGGUUCAAGUUGAUGCUAGAAGCUGCAAGGAAGGAUGUGGAACGAGCUUUUGGUGUUCUUCAAGCUCGUUGGGAUAUCAUCAAAGGAGGCAUUGCUGCAGAUUGGGAUGGCGACGCCGACGGUGGGGAAUCAAGUAGCGUUCCGCAAACAGAAUUCAAUACCAGAGCACCAUCGGACUUCGCCGCCUUUAUGGCCCGAAGCUCAAGCAUGAAGGACACUCGUUUGCACGCUCGCCUCCGUGAUGAUUUGGUCGAGCAUAUAUGGGCGCGUUUUGGUCCCAUCGAGCCAUAG